ACAAAGGUGGUUACAACUCGGAGCUCUCCUCUGAAGACGAUGGUGGCAGCGGGGAUGAAGAAGAUCCCGAUGACUAUCGCGUGGGUGGCUACCACGUGGUGACCAUAGGCGACAUGUUUGUGGACCGGUAUCAAGCCCUACACAAACUGGGUUGGGGGUACUUCUCAACCGUGUGGCUGUGUUUCGAUCACAA